AAUAAAAAGAUGUGUAGCUGUCGCAAUACAAGGAGUUGGAAUUUAUUGAGUGUUUUGCAUCCACAUUGUUUUUGUUUUCUACCUGUGUCGCAAUACUGCCAUCUUAUGGUGAAAUAUGUUAAUGUGAAUACAUAAAGUUCACGCGUUGUUUUGCGUGUACCGCGAGAAGAGAGAAAGAGCGCGAACUCACGGACAGAAAGAAAAGAAAAGAUGGAGGACGCUAACGAGAGAAUACAGACUCACGAAGAAAUUUAACAGCUCUCUUAUGUUUGGACAGAAGGCGCACACGUUUUUCACGGUGUUGCUCGCACAGCAAAAGGAGGAAAUAAAGUCUGGCGAAAUACAUCAGUCGAUUCGUGGCCAUUUUCUGUUCCACUCAAAUAGUUUGAGAGCCGUUACAGUGAAAAACGUGUCCUGUUAGGGCCAAAUAAAAGACUUGUCCAUCGUGGCCAAGUGAAAAAUACGUGUUGGCCAAGUGAGGAACGUGGCCCAGUGUAAAACGUCGCAGCCAAGUGAAGACCGUUGUGGCCAAGAAGACGCGACCGUUGUGGCGAAGCGGUCCCGCUGGCCAUAGUGGAGAAACUGGUCCCUUUGGUGAAGAAGACGGUGGCUCAUGCGCCGUUGAUGAAGCAUACAUCCCGCGACUUCCCGACGGAGGAGGCCUGUCGCUACCGGUGAGAGAGGGAUUGCAGCCGACGAAGGAGGGCGAUCGAGCGGCGAGGGAUUAACGCGACUUCGGCGUGACGGUGCUACGUGAGAUCGAAGCCUGCAUCGACAUCUUCAUUUUCAUGGAUCGACAGCAGCUGGAUUUCCAACUUUCAGCAUCUUUACCAAUGGAAAUAUAGCGGAUUACAAUUCAUCUCAUCAACACAAGUCUUCAAUAAGCACAAGCUUCUCAUGGAAACCAGGUCAGAGAUUGAAAUACGUUUAAGUGAAAUCCAUGCAGACCUUGAAAUACAAAAUUUUGGUCAACAUCCAAUGCUACCUGCAUUUGAAGUUGAAACAGGAGUUAGGCGUUCAGAGAGAGAAAAACAUCUAACUGACAAAAUGUUAGAAUGGAAAAAAGAUGACAUAACAAGUAAAGAAAGACAUUUUAUGUCAACCUAUUUGCAAUUUAAAGCCGAGGUUCAAUUAACAAGAUCCAAACUGAAGGUGGCAUGCUCUAAGUUUGAGUUAAGUGAUAUGAUUCAAAGGGUUGCAAAAUGUGAGUCAGAUGUAGGACAAAAGUAUUUUGCUUUACGAACACUGAUCACACCAUCUCAAGACAUAAGGAGAAAAAUGGACAGUUGUAGCUCAGUCUCCACAGAAAUAAUAAUGCUUCUAAAAAGGCGUUAUGCAGAUGUUGACAAAGAAUUUGAUGCACAAGCUACAAAAGAGUCACUAGCCCAGCUAUUGCAAAGAGAAGAUGCAAAGUCAAUAUUCGGCUCAACAGUGUCAAGACUUGAAAGUCGGUACAAAAGUUCUAGUGAGCAUGAAAGUCAAUUGUCUGCCAAAAAAGCCGAAGCAGCAGCACGUUUAGCUUCAAAACGAGCAGAAAUAAUAAGAGAAAGGGAAAUCUCCGUGCAAAGGCAGGAGAUACUAGCUCAGCAGGAAAGGUUGAAAAUGUUGGAAAACCGAAGAGAUCUUGAGGCAAUAGAGGCAGAAUACAAUGCAUAUGUUGAAGAGGAAUCAAAGAUGAAUGCUGAAAUAAAUGCUAGUGAAAUAAAAGUCACUUCUAGUCAGCCUUCAAUACAACAGAACAUUGUCCCGCGCCCACAAGUUCUUCAUGAUCCAGCGCUAGCAACCUUACCUGAUGUAAAAAUUACACCGAUUUCCCAAAAUGUGUCGGUCCCACAAAUUCAUGAUAGCAAUACGGUGCUAAGGAACAGUGAAGUAGCGCUAGUUCAAGCGUUAAAAGAAUCGCUUACUAUGACUAGACUACCAGCCCCAGAGCCAUUCAUAUUCAGUGGAGAUCCGUUGAAGUUCAUCGAAUGGAACACCUGCUUUAAAGCUCUCAUAGAAACUAGCUGUAUUAAUCCAGCACACAGACUGUUCUAUUUGAAAAAAUACCUAAGUGGAGAAGCACUUACUGUGCUAGAGGGGACAUUUUACCGAAGCGAUGAAGAAGCCUACCAUCAAGCUUGGGAUGCCUUGAAUAAACGUUAUGGCCAUCCUUUUGUUGUCCAGAGAGCCUUCAGAGGAAAAUUGAGCAGUUGGCCAAAAAUUGGGUCAAAAGAGUCUCUCAAAUUGCGAGAGUUUAGUGAUUUCCUCAUUUCAUGUAAAAAUGCUAUGCCCCAUGUACAAGGCCUUAAGGUAUUAGAUGAUUGUGAGGAAAAUCAAAAAAUACUUCUCAAGCUACCAGACUGGGCAACAACACGUUGGAAUAGAUAUGUAACAAAAAGACUAGAUGAAAAAAAAGAAUAUCCAAGUUUUGUAGAAUUUGCUGAGUUUGUGGCUGAAGAAGCACGCAUAGCAUGCAAUCCCGUUUCGUCCCUGUUUGCAUUGCGAACAUUCGACAAACCAGACAAAGAACAGAAGCGUAUAAAGGCAAGUGUUCUAACUACUACGACAAAAGCGGUCAAAAGUACGAAGACUACAAGCACAGCUCAGCGUAACGAAGAACCCAGUGUUAUCCCUUCUACUGGACUAAACAAACGAAAAUUUGAAUGCAUCUGCUGUAAGCAAAGCCACUUUAUCUACAAGUGUGAAAAAUUUGCUGAAAUGUCUCUUGCGGAAAGGAAAAGGUUCGUCAUUGAGAAUAAUAUGUGCUUUAGUUGCCUAAGAGUUGGUCACAUUGCCAAAAAUUGUCGUCAAAAGGCUUCCUGUAAUAUUUGUCGAAAAAAUCAUCCUACUCCACUUCAUGAAGAUCGUCAACAAGUGGACAAACCUGAAAGGCCACCAGAAGAAGAAAAUGUUUCUGCAGUGUCAAAUAAUGUAAAAAUUGACAAUAUUGACCGUACGUCAAUGAUUGUUCCCGUAUGGUUAUCUGGCGCAAGUAAUAAUGGACACGAGAUCUUGGUUUAUGCACUGCUAGAUACACAAAGUAGCAAUACCUUCAUUGUCCAAGAUAUUUGUGAAAAAAUCCAAGCAGUUACAGAGCCAGUUAAGCUGAAAUUGACAACAAUGACAGAUAGGGGAUCAGUUGUACAGAGUCAAAGAGUGGAUGGGCUGAAAGUAAGAGGUUACUUUUCACAAGAAUACAUUGACUUACCAACCACAUAUACUCGAGAUUACAUUCCCCUUGAACAAAACAGUAUUCCGACUCGUGAAACAACAAAACUGUGGGCACAUCUUCAGAAUAUCUCAAAAGAAAUGCCAGAAUUGUUAGAUUGUCCUGCAGCACUUCUAAUUGGAUACGAUUGUGCAAGAGCUCUUAAACCAAGAAAAGUGAUCCCAGGCAAUGAUUAUGAUCCUUAUGCCAUUAAAACAGACUUAGGUUGGAGUAUAGCAGGAUCCAUUAAGCCUUGGACAAGUUCAGUGGAGGUGACCGGAGCGUGCCAUCGUAUUUCUGUUAAAGAACUGCCGUUCAUCACUCCCUCCUCUGUGAUUAGAGCAUUGGAGAAAGAUUUUCUGGACACAAAUCCUAAAGAAGGAACUAUAUCACAAGAGGACAUUCAGUUUUUGCAGAUCCUGAAUGGAAAAAUAAACGUCAAUGAGGAAGGUCAUUUGGAAAUGCCAUUACCUUUCAGAGAACGUCCACAGCUUCCAAAUAACAAACAGCUUGCAAUAAAGCGACUGAAUCAUUUGAAAGCAAAAAUGGGAAGAAAUGCUAAAUACAAAGAAGACUAUACAAGAUUCAUGAAAGGUGUCUUUGAAGAUGGUGAUGCAGAAGAAGCAGUAGACAUACCUGCAGAUGGUGUCACAUGGUAUAUACCUCACCAUGGGGUAUAUCACCCCCGAAAGCCAGAGAAGAUAAGAGUCGUCUUCGACUGCUCUGCUAAAUGUCAGAAUACGUCUUUAAAUGACCAUCUUCUCACAGGCCCUGACUUAAUUAAUGCACUUAUAGGAGUACUCUGCAGAUUUAGAGAACAUCAAGUUGCCAUCACAUGUGAUGUAGAGAAAAUGUUCCAUCGCUUUCAUGUUUCUCCAGAAGACAGAGACUUCUUAAGGUUCCUUUGGUGGCAGGAUGGGAACACUAGUGCAGAGCCCAAAGAAUAUCGCAUGCGUGUUCAUAUUUUUGGAGCAGCAUCUUCGCCAGGAUGUGCAAACUACGGCAUCAAGUAUCUUGCUCAUCAAUUUGAAAAUGAAUAUCCCUUGGCAGCAAAUUUCAUUCUCAAAAACUUUUACGUGGAUGAUGGGCUGAUCAGUGUUGAUACAAUCCAAACAGCAAAACAGUUAGUCUGUCAAGCACGAGAAGUUUGCGCAAAAGGAAAAUUGCGUUUGCACAAAUUUGUUUGCAACAAAAGAGAAGUCUUAGAGGUACUCCCAGAGUCAGAACAUGCUAACAACAGCAAAGAUGUCAGUCUGAACUAUUCCGACAUUCCAAUGCAAAGUGUGCUCGGAGUCAAAUGGGACGUAGAAGCAGACUCGCUCACGUUCAAUGUCGCUUUCAAGGAAAAGCCAGCCACUCGCAGAGGAAUCCUGGCAACAGUUGCAAGUGUUUAUGAUCCACUAGGAUUUCUCUCUCCAUAUAUUCUGACAGGAAAACAAAUUCUUCAGGAAAUGUGCAAGCGUGGCAUAGGAUGGGAUGACCCAAUUCCCCUCGCUUUGGAGACUCAAUGGAAAACAUGGCUAGAUGAUCUGAAAAAUUUGCCCAAAAUUCAAAUACAAAGAUGCUUCAUUCCUGAUAACAUUGGCUCAUUGCAAAGAAUCGAGAUGCAUCAUUUCUCGGAUGCAAGCAGCAGUGGCUAUGGACAGUGCUCAUACAUAAGGAUCAUAGGAGAAAAUAAAGUACACUGUGCUCUCGUCAUGGCAAAAGCCAGAGUAGCCCCAACGAGAGUAGUCACUAUACCGCGUCUUGAGCUCACUGCGGCUGCUGUUUCUGCAGGAGUAAGCAACUUUCUUAGAGAAGAGCUCGAGCUAAAGAUUGAUGAAGAAUUUUUCUGGACUGAUUCUCAAGUGGUGCUCGGGUACAUUAAGAACGAAGCAAGACGCUUUCAUAUUUUUGUCGCAAACAGAGUACAAAAGAUCAGAGACUUGACAGAUCCAAAACAAUGGUUCCACAUAGAAACUGAUCAAAAUCCAGCAGAUCACGCUUCUAGGGGUCUCAAGGUGGCAGAGAUCAUUGACUCAAGUUGGUUAACUGGACCUAGAUUUCUGUGGGAAAGACAACUUGUCACAAAACCACAUUCUCCAUCACUUUUAAUUGGGGAUCCUGAAGUGAAAGUCCUUAAAACUAGUGUUCUUGAGACAGAUCGUUUUCUUGAGAGAUUCUCCAGAAUUUCAGAUUGGAACAUGGCAGUCAAUGUUGUCGCAAGAAUAAAGACACUUGUUAAAAAAGACAAAUCAGAGCUUAUUAGUGUUGAGGAGAGGCAAGCAGCUUCUCUAGCACUGAUUCGUGCAGCACAGAAACAUGCAUUUGAAAAGGAGUUGGAGCAGUUGAGUCAAAAGUCCAACAAAUUGCCCAAAAGUCACAAAUUGCACCAACUUGAUCCUUUCGUUGAUAAUGACCUGCUUAGAGUCGGAGGAAGGUUGAGAAAAUCCUCAGCAUCAUUUGAACUGAGACAUCCUGUGAUUCUUCCUAAAGAUGGAAUUGUCACAAAACUGAUUCUUGAUCAUUGCCACAAGAAAACACAACACCAAGGUCGUGGCCAAACACUGAACGCACUUCGAAGCAAUGGCUAUUGGAUCUCAAGUGCCAGUAAAGUAGUGGCCAAUUACAUAAAAAACUGUGUCAUUUGCAAAAGGGUGCGAGGGUCAACAGAGGAACAACGAAUGGCUGACUUGCCAACUGAUAGAGUAGAUCCCUCACCCCCCUUCACUUACACAGGACUAGAUUGUUUUGGUCCUUUUUUCACAAAACAAGGCAGAAAAGAAUGCAAACGUUAUGGACUCUUGUUUACGUGUCUAAGCUCGAGAGCCAUUCACAUCGAGAUGUUAGAAGAUCUCUCUACUGAUUCGUUUAUAAAUGGUUUGAGAUGUUUUAUAGCGAUCAGAGGGGCAGUCAGAAAGAUCAGAUCAGAUCAAGGUACAAAUUUUGUCGGAGCUCGUAAUGAGUUUGAAAAGGGUCUCUCAGAACUUGACAAAGACAGAAUUGCUACAUAUUUAGCUAAAAACCAAUGUGACUUUCAAAUGAAUGUUCCUGAAGCAAGUCACCGAGGUGGUGUUUGGGAACGCCAAAUCAGGACUGUUAGAAAUGUUUUGAGUUCAGUCUUGGCACAAGUCACAGGAAGACUUGAUGACACCUCACUGAGAACUUUCUUUUAUGAGGCUAUGUCAAUUGUAAACAAUCGACCACUCACCACGAACACUAUCAAUGAUCCAAAGAGUGCAGAACCUUUGACGCCUAAUCACUUACUCACAAUGAAAGAGUCUAUGCCACUUCCACCUCCAGGCAAUUUUAUCAGAGAAGAUUUGUAUGCUCGAAAGAGAUGGCGAAAAAUUCAGUAUUUGUCUGAACAAUUUUGGCAUAGAUGGCGCAAAGAGUACUUAACCAGUAUAAGCUUAAGACAACAGUGGCAUACAUCCAAAAGAAAUGUAAAAGUCGGAGAUGUAGUGCUAAUUAAGGAAGAGAACCUUCCUAGGAAUGAAUGGAAGCUAGCAAAGGUGGUUGAAGCCAACAAAGAUGAUGAUGGUCUAGUGCGAAAUGUCAAGGUUCAAGUGGGACAAAGGGAUUCAGGAAUCAAAGGUGAACGUAUAAAACAGUUGUCCUACCUAGAGCGAUCGGUUCAAAAAUUAGUAGUAUUAGUACAAAAUGAUUGAGUUCAAAAAAAAAAAAAAAAAAAAAAAAAGGUACGUUUCUAAUGUUUUGUUAGGAAAAUUACAAUGUUGUAUAUUGUGUGAAUAUAAAACCUGUUGUAAUUUUGGUGGCAGUGUAGCUGUCGCAAUACAAGGAGUUGGAAUUUAUUGAGUGUUUUGCAUCCACAUUGUUUUUGUUUUCUACCUGUGUCGCAAUACUGCCAUCUUAUGGUGAAAUAUGUUAAUGUGAAUACAUAAAGUUCACGCGUUGUUUUGCGUGUACCGCGAGAAGAGAGAAAGAGCGCGAACUCACGGACAGAAAGAAAAGAAAAGAUGGAGGACGCUAACGAGAGAAUACAGACUCACGAAGAAAUUUAACAGCUCUCUUAUGUUUGGACAGAAGGCGCACACGGUAUGAUUGUAUUUUAUUGUAAUGGAUGUUGUAUUUUAUUUUAUGUAUGUUUAUUGAUAUUUUUUGUAUGCUCUUUUAGUUUUUCACGGUGUUGCUCGCACAGCAAAAGGAGGAAAUAAAGUCUGGCGAAAUACAUCAGUCGAUUCGUGGCCAUUUUC